AUGCGCGAAUUAUUCCUAAUUGGGCAUGCAUAUUUUAUUUCCCACUGCACAAGAGACAUACUAACAAAAACCGGGGUUUGGUGUCUCGUAAUAACUAAAGUAUAUAUCUAUUUUUCUCUUGGUGGAACAAGACCAAACAAUAAUCCGGUAUGCAGAGUUUCUGUGCUGGUAAUUACUAAGAAAAUGCUGCACCUAAAAAUGUUCUGUUCUGUUCUUCGUCUUCUUCUAUAUGAACCACCAACAACUAAAAAUAAUAAAACAAGCACAAGAGAGAAAGAAAAAUCAGCAGAACGAACUCUACUGGAUUCCUAUUUUCACUACUACGGACACCAUUGCAAACGACCCAACUUUUUUUCAUUUUCUGUCCAUCACAGAAAAAUUUCAGAGAUCCCAGCCGGCUUCCUCUCUCGGGCAACCAUUUUAUUUUUUUGGUUUCUUCCACCCCACGUCCUCCCCUAA